AGAUGGCCCACAGUCUGUCUGUGGAGUGUGUUUCUCUCUAUAUAAAUCCACUUCUUACCUAUCACUUUGUCUCUCACUGAAUUCUUUCUGUGAUGAGACAUCAAGAAACUGAGCUUCAUUAAGUCCUGAAACCAGAGCAGACACAUGACAGGAGAAUGUAUGCAUCCUGAGUUGAUCCCUGGAAAAGCUGGUUGUAUUUGGGGAACUCAAAAGAUUAAGCCAGACUUUGAGUUUUUAGGAGGCCUCUACCCCAUCGAAUAAUCCAGUCACUGUUCCAGAUGAGCCCAGCCUUUGAGUCACCUCAGCCCAGAACUAUGAGCAGAUAGCUGGAAAAGAGCUGAGGAGAAGAGGGAAGGAGUCAAUUGAUGGAACCAGAAUGUUUAAAGGAAGAGCCAAGACAGAAUGGCGUGGCAGGGGCUGGUGCUGGCUGCCUGCCUCCUUGCGCUCCCCUCCGCCACAGCAGACUGCCUGUCCCGGUGCUCCUUGUGUGUUGUGAAGACCCAGGAUGGGCCCAAACCCAUCAACUCCCUGAUUUGCUCCCUGGAAUGCCAGGCUGCCCUGCAGCCCGCUGAGGAGUGGGAGAGGUGCCAGGGCCUUCUGUCUUCCCUCACUCCCUUCACCCUCGGGCUUAAUGGCAAGGGAGACUCGGAGAGCAAGGCAGCUUUGGAAGAGCCCUACAGUGAGCUGGCGAAGCACGCGGGGCCCUCCUGGAAGGAGCUGGAGAAAAACAGGCUCCUUCUCAGAACCCCAGCGGAGGAGAAUGAUCUAAGCAGCAGCCUGGCGGAGAAGCUCAGGGGUCUCUCUGGCAGGUUGGGGGAGGAAGCAGAGUCUGAGCUGACUGGGGGGACCCAGCCGAACGAUGGUGCCAUGGAGGCUGGAACACUGGAUUCCGAUGAGGAGGACCCCAAGGAGCAGGUCAAACGUUACGGGGGCUUUUUGCGCAAAUACCCCAAAAGGAGCUCAGAGGUGGCUGGAGAUGGGGAUAAGGUGGGCCAUGAGGACCUGUACAAGCGCUAUGGGGGAUUCUUACGACGCAUCCGUCCCAAGCUCAAGUGGGACAACCAGAAGCGCUAUGGCGGUUUUCUCCGGCGCCAGUUCAAGGUGGUUACUCGGUCUCAGGAAGACCCCAAUGCCUAUUACGAAGAGCUUUUUGAUGUGUAAACACCUCUCCAUCGUGGAGUUGAGUCAGGAGCUUCCCGUAAUGCCCUUCCAGAUUGGAGUGAACGCAUUCAUCUGCCCCUAUAGCCCCCAUCCCUACGCUCAGUUCAGCAUUGUCUAUAAGACAUCCAAACCUAGCCUGCCUCUCUUCUGCCUGGGUGCAGUGUUUGUCUGGGUCAGUGAGGCGGGAGGAUGGAGGUUCCCCUCUCCAAUAGGCUUAGCGCUUGGCUCCAGCCCUACAACUCUAAAACUACCACCAGCAGCAGCUUUUGGUAUCAAUCCCAUUCACGUGACUCUCCAACUCCAGGAAUCCAGACUGACCUCUUGAUCUCUCUGGAUCUAUGAUCAGGCAUUCUGACCAAUGCCCCUCUCAGAAGAAAAACGAGCAUUCCCCCUCUCAUGCAGAUAUAUUCAUUGAUAUAGUAUAUGCGUGUAUCAUAAAACAUACAAAAGGUAGAAAUUUAAAACAAGAUAGAUAAAUAAAAAUCCUAACAUUUUAUUCUCAGACCUCAAAAGAUCUCCCUACAAUGGAGACCAUGCUUUAGGUAAAAAGCUUAAACAUUGCCUUUUAUUGGAGCAGGUAUUCCUACACUAGAGAGUUCGGGCUCCCAGUGGGUUAAAUGUUCAGUUAUUGUACUCUGAGUUCACAUUGUUUAGAAACACACCUUUUGAGAACCCAGUUCCUGAACUCCAGUCCAUGUUGGUACGCUGGACAGCGUCCAACUUCUCACAGGAGAGGAAGGGAGUGAAAAUCCCUUUCGGAAAAUGUUAAUGAGAGCAGCUCGCCUUCUGAAUGCUGAAAUGAUCAAGGGGGGGAGCGAGGCAAACCAAUUUGUUCUGCGCAACAUACUCAAAAUGUGGACCAGUUCCCUCAUCCCUCAUUAAACAAAUUAAACUGAUCGGUAUCACACUCCAACCCCAGGAUGAACCGACGCUGAGUCAAGUUGAUGAGGUUAAGCACAGCCGUGUUCUUGAGGAGCUGAAUCAGCCUCCAAGAGUCCAAGCCAUCUGGACAAACAUAUGCAUUGGGCCUUGGGUCAGGGAAUCCAGAAGCAACAGCUAGAAAGAGGAAGAGGCCCUCUUUAGCUCCCCUGGUGAUUCUUUCCUCUUAAUGCCUCGGCAUAAAACUAGAAAGAGGAAUGAAAUGAUUAAAUGCUUGAGGACAAAUGAGUUCCCUUGAUUCAAAUAACCCGGAAGCAGAGGCAGGGACCUUAAUCUAAGUCCUCUUCUCUGUCUCUCUGCCUUUCUCUGUCUCUGUCUGUCUCUCAAAUCUCUCAAUCUCUCUCUCCCUCGCUCCCUCCCUCCCUUUCUCUCUUUUUCUCUCUCUUGUCCCCAGGCACUGUGGUUUGGUUUGUGGAUCCAGGAAGCUGGUCUGGAUGGGGAGGAAAUGAACAUGAGUUUGGUUAUUUUGUAUAAGAUGCUGCUGAGCACACCUCUUCAUGCACAACCCUCACCUCUCAUGAUGUUCUGAAAUGUAUAGAUUGUUUUCGAGUUACUUUGUGUGCUUCUCAACAACCCAUUUUUGCAAUCUACUUGGAAUUUCCUUAGUCCUUAGCAAGCCUGUGUUAUUUCCAACUCCUCCAGUACAAUAAAUAAAAGAAAGA